AUGGCAAAUGAUAUCACCCCCGGAGGCCAGCUUAUGACCACAAUUGAUGUGGAAAAUUUCCCUGGUUUCCUUGAAGGAAUAUGGGUGAUUUUCACUGAUUCUAAACGUGUUGUUGCUGAUUCAUUUAUUAUGGCUACUAAGGUGGUGGGGAGGAAGCUGAAUUUUGAAGGGUCAAAAAAGUUUUGGAAUAGAGGGAUUUCGGCUUACAUUGUAUGUGACGGGGAUGCCCCUAUUUUUAGGGAGAAGGCAUUUACUGUGAUUGGAGGAGGGGAUUCAGCAAUGGAGGAAGCCAAUUUUUUGACUAAGAGUGUGGAGGAGGCUUAUGGAGAAAGGGUUUUAGGUGGGCUUAAAGUGAAGAAUGUGGUUACUAGGGAGGUUUCGGAUUUAAAGGCUAAUGGGGUUGUUUUUCACUAUUGGACAUGA